AAUUGUAUACAUUCAGUGAUUUCUUUGAAACACCAGAAGACUAUCGACGCGGUUCCGUAGCCAUGGGUUCCUUGGUCGCUCUGUGUGUUCUGACUGUGGUCCUGGGAUUCGUUAAAACCGAGCUUCAAAACAAGGAGUUCGCUCUUGGCGGCACUUUAACGCUGAAGCCUGCGGCCUUGACGUCCUCGAUCACCAGCAUAACAUGGAAGCACGACGACAAUCUGUUAGCGGAGCAGCUCACCAGCGACUCUAAGCCGGACUACUUCCCACCGAAUGAGGUCAGAUUCAGCCUGAACUUUAAAACUGGAGAAUUAUCGAUAAUCAAGCUAACCGAGAAAGACGCUGGAAAAUACAACGUUGAGAUCAACAAUGUGAUCCAAAAUGUCGGAUAUCAAGUAAAAAUCAUCAAACCAGUUCCUGUCCCAACGGCUGUGGUGCAACCUUUGGCGUGCAACGAAACCACACCCAACUGUACGGUGGACUGUCAAGGAGAUGUUACCGGUGCCGGAACCGUCCGCUACUUCUGGAAAGAAGACGACGGAGACUGGAAAGAGUCAGCGAAGAAAAAGGAGAUAAAGAACGACGCGGACACUCAGACGAUUAAAGAGUUCUUUUGCAAAGUCAAGAACUCUGUGAGUGACGAAGAAAGCCCGGCCACGAAGAACCCUUUCUACAAGGAGCCGAGCUCUUCUGUGGGCAAGGUGGCCAGGAUUGUCGUCACAGCCAUCAUCAUCAUCAUCAUCAUCAUUGUAUGUCUUAAUUAAUAAAAGGUUUUAGUACUUUGAGGUUACAAAUUUGCAUAUUUUUGGCCACAAUUUAGUUAUAGGAGUUGAUAUGUAAAUACUAAUUUGUGCACACAAGAUACUUAUAUUUUUGCACAAAGUGCUCAUUUGUGCACACAAAUUAUAAAAUGCAAUAAUUUUGUGCACAAAUUAUGAAUUUUGAGUACUGUAUUUUUCUUUUUUUAAUGUCCUGGGUUCUGUAGGAUCCUGGUGUCUUCUGUUGAUAUGUUUUCAACCAUCUCCCAUGGAAUGGACUUUUGGAGAAAAAAGUUAAAAAAUGUUUAUUUUAACAAAUCAGAAACAUGUAGAUACGAUUUGUUUUUAACUUAGCUUGUCUUUUACCACCUCUGAAACCAGAAUAAGUAAAGGGUUUUCCUUCGUCUGAUUGUGCCUUUUACAUGAGACCAUCCUAAAUCCACUGUUAGAUUUAAUUUGUGGUGCAGCGGUGCAAAACAAUUGCUGUGUGUGUGUUUUAAUAAAUGAGCCCAUUACUAUUCAACAAAUGUAAACUUCUUUCUAAAUAAACAUUUCAGACAUU